AUGGCGGCGUCCAUCUCGCCGUCGGUCAUCAUGACCCAGAUCUCUCACUACCUCAAUCCCAAUGAGACCGCCGACGCUCUUUUCUUCCAACCCCAUACCGCCGUCACGGCCAUUGGGACCUACAAAUGGUUGAUUGGCACCGGCAUUUUUCUGCUGGUCACGGCGAUCCAGAUCAUCAAAUAUAUGCGCAGAGAUCGUCCUCCGCCAGGGCUCAAGUUGAUCCCAGGACCGCGCAGCACGAUUCCCUACAUUGGACGAGUCCACGAUGUCGAUCCGAAUGCCCCUUGGUUCGCCAUGAAAAAGUUUUGUGAUGAGUAUAAUGGCAUCUUCCGUUCCACCAUCUGCGGUGAGAUGCAUAUCUGGGUGGGGGAUCAAAAGAUUGCCUACGAUCUGUUGUGCAAGAAGGCCAGGAUCUAUUCCUCCCGGCCAAUGGUGCCUGCUGUUCCCGGCAGUGACUCACAGGGCCAAUAUCUUCCACUUCUUGCCCAUGAUGAUCAUUGGCGCAACCAGCGCAAGUUCGCCCACACAGUCCUGACCCAGGGCUUCAACUCGAAAUACUACGGCUACGUCAGCCACGAAUGCAAGCGCUUCCUGUACAAACUCCUGGUCGAUCCUAAGGACCAUUUCGCUCUGACCGACCGCUUCUGCGGACGCAUCGCCGCCCGUCUCGGCUACGGCAGCCCAGCCUCGGCCGCGGCCCACUGCAAGAAUGCAGGCGAAUUUAUCCCUCAGAUCUCGCCAUCUGGCCCCAUUACCAAUCUGCUGCCUUUCCUCGGUGGUCUUCCUGAAUGGUUGAACACAUCGAAGCGCAAGGUCCGUGAACGACGCGAAAAGGAAGAAAAGCUCUGGAAGGGUCUGAUGAAACAAGUCCGUGAGGAGAUGAACCAAGGAGUUGCCCCGAUCAGCUAUGCCAGGACGUACUUUGAGCGCAAGGAGGCUGAAGGCGGCUCUCGCUCGUUUGGAUUUGAUGACCACGAGGCUGCCUACGCCGUCGGAAUGUUGGUGACGGUUGCCAUUUUCACCAUUGGAGGACCUCUGUACUGCUUCUUCCUGGCCAUGGUCCUGCACCCCGAGUGGCAGGAGAAGGUCCGCAAGGAAUACGACGAGGUCAUUGGUGACCGGGUCGUCGAGGUCUCCGAUGCACCCAACCUGCCCAUUCUUCGUGCCGCAAUCAAGGAGUGUGUCAGAUGGCGCCCACCGGUUCCCUUGGGCGUGCCCCGUCUCCUCGAGGAAGAUGACGAGUGGAACGGCUACUAUCUUCCCAAGGGCGCCGUCAUCCACGCUGUCGAUCUCGCUCUUGCCCGCAACCCGGAACUCUAUCCCGACCCAGAGUCCUACAAUCCAGACCGCUGGCUCAACAAGGAUUUCCCCACCUACAAGGAGCCUCUCACCGAGCAUCCCCGGCUCAUGGGUCACCACGGCUUCGGCAUGGGCCGCCGCAUGUGUCCUGGCAUUGAGGUCACCGAGGCCGAACUGCUCGUCGCAUGCGGCAGCAUUAUCGGCAGCUUUGAGCUCAAGCCCGUGAUGGACGCCAACGGACAGCCCAAGUGGCCCGACUCCAACGCUUUCACUCCCAACCUGAUCGGUGGACCUCUUCCUUUUGAGAUGGACGUCAAGGUCCGGAGCCCCGAAAAGGCCGCCCGCAUCAAGGCUUGGUACGAGGAGAGUGUGGCCGAUGAGAUGGCCGGCAAGAUUGCCGCUGGCCUGGCCCAUUGA